CCUCUGGGAAAGUCAUAUAUACCGUGCCCUGGUGCGGGUUCUUCACUCACGUUGCGAAUCGUACACGAGGAACUUCUUCUCUGUCCUACAGGACGAGUUUUCAUUAACGAACAAAGCGAAUAAAGAAAAGAAAAAGCAAAGAUGGCCAAAGCACCUGCAGUCGGUAUUGAUCUUGGCACCACGUACUCGUGCGUUGGCGUUUUCCAGCACGGAAAGGUAGAAAUCAUCGCCAACGACCAAGGAAAUCGUACAACGCCUAGCUAUGUUGCAUUCACGGAGAGCGAACGGUUGAUUGGCGAUGCCGCUAAAAACCAGGUCGCCAUGAACCCCAACAACACAAUCUUCGAUGCCAAACGCCUGAUUGGACGUCGCUUCGAAGACGCAACUGUUCAAGCCGAUAUGAAACACUGGCCCUUCGCUGUUGUGAGUGACUGUGGCAAACCCAAAAUUCAAGUACAAUACAAAGGAGAGACGAAGACUUUCUUCCCUGAAGAAGUGAGUUCAAUGGUCCUGGUGAAGAUGAAGGAAACAGCUGAGGCAUACCUUGGACAAACCGUCAGCAAUGCCGUGAUCACUGUACCUGCUUACUUCAACGACUCGCAGCGUCAGGCAACCAAGGACGCUGGUACCAUCUCGGGCUUGAACGUUUUACGUAUCAUCAACGAGCCCACCGCUGCCGCCAUCGCUUAUGGUUUAGAUAAGAAAGCCAUGAAUGAGCGCAAUGUCCUGAUUUUCGAUCUAGGUGGUGGAACCUUCGAUGUGUCUAUUUUGACCAUUGAAGAUGGUAUCUUUGAGGUGAAGUCUACUGCGGGAGACACUCACCUUGGCGGUGAAGACUUCGACAACCGUAUGGUCACUCACUUCGUUCAGGAGUUCAAGCGUAAAUACAAGAAAGAUUUGACCUCGAAUAAGCGUUCCCUUCGUCGUCUCAGAACAGCUUGCGAGCGUGCGAAGCGUACACUCUCGUCGUCCACUCAAGCUAGCAUAGAAAUCGACUCGCUCUAUGAGGGAAUCGAUUUCUACACUUCAAUUACCAGAGCUCGUUUCGAAGAGCUUUGUGCUGAUCUCUUUAGAGGAACGCUUGAGCCAGUAGAGAAAUCGUUGCGCGAUGCGAAGAUGGACAAGUAUCACAUCAACGAUAUCGUCCUAGUUGGUGGAUCAACCCGUAUUCCCAAGAUCCAAAAGCUAUUGCAAGAUUUCUUUAAUGGAAAGGAGUUGAACAAGUCUAUCAACCCCGAUGAAGCUGUAGCUUAUGGAGCUGCUGUGCAAGCUGCCAUUCUGCAUGGUGAUAAGUCCGGGAAAGUACAAGACCUGCUACUCCUUGAUGUCACACCUCUGUCUCUUGGUAUCGAAACUGCCGGUGGUGUUAUGACCGCUCUUAUCAAGAGAAAUACUACCAUUCCAACAAAGCAAACUCAAACCUUCACCACUUACGCUGAUAAUCAACCUGGCGUAUUGAUCCAAGUCUACGAGGGAGAGCGUGCGAUGACAAAGGACAACAAUUUGCUGGGUAAAUUUGAACUCAGUGGAAUACCACCAGCUCCUCGAGGCGUUCCUCAAAUCGAAGUCACCUUCGACAUUGAUGCCAAUGGUAUCCUCAACGUAACUGCUGUGGACAAAUCCACUGGCAAGGAAAACAAGAUCACCAUUACCAACGACAAGGGUCGCCUUAGUAAGGAGGAGAUUGAAAGAAUGGUCAACGAAGCUGAGAAGUACCGCAGCGAAGAUGAAAAACAAAAGGAAACCAUUGCUGCUAAGAACGGUCUUGAGUCUUACUGCUUUAACAUGAAGAGUACGGUGGAAGACGAGAAACUGAAGGACAAGAUCAGUGCCAGUGACAAGCAAGUAGUACUAGAUAAAUGCAAUGACAUCAUCAAGUGGCUCGAUGCCAACCAAUUGGCCGACUCAGAAGAGUACGAACACAAGCAAAAGGAGUUGGAGGCUAUCUGCAACCCGAUCGUCACGAAACUGUAUCAAGGAAUGGGUAGCGCUCCUGGAGGUAUGCCAGGUGGAUUCCCAGGAGCAGGCGGUGCUGCUCCAGGUGGAACACCAAGUGGCGGUGCAUCCGGUGGUCCCACCAUUGAGGAAGUCGACUAAAUUGGAUGCUGCUCUAAUUAGGGUGCAUCUAAUGAAUCUUUAAUGGUUUUUAACCAACUUUUAAAAGAUUUGUUGUUGAUUUUCUAUGUUCUGGGGAAACUUCGUGAAAAUACAAAAACAAACAAGUGAAUUCAAUGAGUUCACUGGAACUUAUA